GUGGAAAACAUAAAUUGAUCCAAGCUUUAUUGCCUUAUAUGCCUCUCUUUUAGAACCCUUCUCAAAGCCUUUUAUAAUCUUUUUUAUCUUUAUGAUCCUUCUGUUCUCUCUUUUUGUUCUUCUCUAUUUCCUUUCAUUCCAAAACCCUAAUACAAGAGCUUAGACAAAAAGAGAAAAAAUCAAGAAAAAUAUAUAUGAUUCAACAACUCUCAAGUCUUUACACUUUAAACAACCAACAUGUUUGAUUUUUUCUUUUCUUUUCUAAUCAAAUAUGUGUGAGAAUAACCUAUAGCUAGCUAGUGGUCCAUGAAUAAGAGGCAAAGGGCAAAUUUGUUAACUCCUAAUCUUGUAGAUCUUUCAAGAUAUAAGGAGACAUGGAUUCUUGUAAUAGUGGUAGUGUACAAUCUUCAAGUGGUGAUGAUCAAGAAUAUGAUUCACAUAAUGGGGCAUCACCAAUCUCAACUUUCUUGAAUUCUUCAAGCCAUUUUGGUUCAAUCUCAUCAAGUGAUCCAUUAAUAUUGCCACAAUUUCUUUCUCAACAACCCUCUCUCUUUGAUCCUCAUGACACACAAAAUUUCAACUCCAAUUUCCAAGAUUCAACAAAUGUUUCAUACAACAAUGAUCUUAUUUGUCCUAAAGAAUACAUUAUAAGAUCUAAUCACCCCAACAAUAUUAAUUUCAACAACUUUGGAAACUUAACUUCCUCAAAUAUUGCUCCUCCUCCUCCUCAUCAAGGUGAUCCAUACUAUCAUGAUUCUACUUCAAUACCAAUAAACCCCUCCAUUAUUGUUCAACCUAAUGUGGUAAAAAAUCCAAGGAAAAGAAGCAGGGCAUCGAGGCGUGCUCCUACCACUGUCCUCACCACAAACACUACAAAUUUUCGGCAAAUGGUUCAAGAAUUUACUGGCAUCCCAACAUCUCCAUUUACAGGUUCAGCCUACACUCGCCGCUUUGAUCUUUUCUCAAAUGUUAACUCAGCCAUGAAGAGAUCAGCCCAUUUGGAUACUCUUUGGUCAUCUACACAAAAGGUUCAAAAUUCUCAAUUUAUGCCACAAUUUUUGAGUUCUAGCAUGAUUAAUAAUCAUGAUACAUUAAUAAUGCCAACAAAUAAUAGCAUAGUUGGUACUACUACAAAUGUUUCUACAUUUGAUCAAAUUAACAAGUCAUUUACUAGUACAAUAAUUCCUUCUCAUUUGGAUGAAAUGGGGAUGAACCAUCAUGACCAAAUUAGUUCAAAUCUUGGUGGAUUUGAUCAAUGUGAAACAUUUGGUGGAGAUCAAGAACAAUCAAGAAAAGAUAGGAACAUUUCAAGAUUAUUGUUUGAUGGGAAUAUAUAAUGGUAGUACUAAUUAUUCACUACAUGUUGGUGGAUACAUAUUGAAUUGUUCAGCUCAAUCAUCCUUAGACGAUUUGAUUGACCCUAAUUUUUUUUUUUAAUCUUAGAUUAAUGUUAUGGACAAUGUUUACUAUAUAUGAUCAAGUAUGUGGAGAAUUCAUUGCUGAC